AUGCGCCCUGUACUACCCCAGUGCGCCCUGUACACCUCCAUGCACCCUGUACCACCUCGAUGCGCCCUGUACCACCUCAGCGCGCCCUGGAUCACUCAAUGCACCCUGUACCACCUCAAUGCACCCUGUGGUCCAGUUCAAACAGCAGUCCCGACUGAGGAGAAGAGGAAGAAGGCCCUCGACCUGCAGCUCGACUUCAUCGUGGGACAGACGGAGAAGUACUCGGACCUGCUGAGCCAGAGCCUCAACGAGUCGCUGCCCGCCAGCAAGCCCGGAUCGUCCCAGCUCGGCUCGUCCCUGGCCGGUUCGGCGGCCUCCAGCCCCCCCGUCUCUGAUUCUGCCACCGAGGACGAAGGUGGGUGUGCCUUGCUCCCCGCUGACCCCCCUCCCUAUCCCGCUCCACCCCUGCCCCUGGGCUUAUUGGAACACUGGACUUCCAGCCACAGGAGGAGGACGACGACGAGGAGACCAUCGAGGUGGAGGAGCAGCAGUCAGGCAACGACGCAGAGACCCGGCGCCGGGAGAUCGAGCUGCUGCGGCGGGAGAGUGAGCUGCCGCUGGAGGAGGUGCUGCGCUCCCUGCCAGCGGGUGCCGGCGCUCAGGCAGCCGGCGAGGACGGCUGCUGCAGCCCCUCGGAGGGGGAUGAGGAAGAGGAGGAGGAGGAAGAGGAGGAAGAGGCAGCUCCGGCCCCGUCGAGUGACCCAGAACUCCCGGCGGUAUCCGAACCGGAACCGGACGCGGCGAGGGGCGUCAGAGGAGCUAGACGAUGAGGACUUCACCGCUGACCACGAGGAAGAGGAGGACGAGGAGGAGACAAUUGAUGCUGAGGAGGAGCUGGCAGGAGAUGAAGACCAUGCGGCCGAGCUGGACGAACUGGCCCGAGAGAGUGAGCUGCCCGUCGCCGACCUUCUGCGCAAGUACAGCCAGGCCUUCACCGACUCCUUCGAGGCACCAGUGUCGCCCUCCGAGGGUACGUCCGAGGAGGAGGAGGAGGACGAUGACACUACCUCGGAGUACGAGGAGAGCAGCGAAUCGCCAGAUUCCGACGACUCCAUGGCAACGGAGGAGGAAGAGGAGGAGGAGGACGAGGACGAUGACCCGGACACGGAGGAGGAGGAGAUCGGUGUGGAGUACCUGCUGCAGGGCGGGACCGGAGAUGAUGGGGGCCCUGGCCGCGAGUCCGCGCCUUCCAAGGGCCCCAAGAAGGAGAUCACCGACAUCGCCGCAGCCGCCGAGAGCCUGCAGCCCAAGGGCUAUACCCUGGCCACCACCCAGGUGAAGACCCCGGUGCCUGCUCUCCUGCGCGGCACGCUGCGGGAGUACCAACACAUCGGUCUGGACUGGCUGGUCACCAUGUACGAGAAGAAGCUGAACGGGAUACUGGCCGACGAGAUGGGCCUGGGCAAGACCAUCCAGACCAUCGCCCUGCUUGCUCACCUGGCCAUCGAGAAGGGGAACUGGGGCCCUCACCUCAUCAUCGUGCCCACCAGCGUGAUGCUGAACUGGGAGAUGGAGUUCAAGCGCUGGUGCCCCUCCUUCAAGAUCCUCACCUACUACGGAGUGCAGAAGGAGCGCAAGUUGAAGCGGCAGGGCUGGACCAAGCCCAAUGCCUUCCAUGUCUGCAUCACCUCCUACAAGCUGGUGCUGCAGGACCACCAGGCCUUCCGCCGCAAGAACUGGAAGUACAUGAUCCUGGACGAGGCGCAGAACAUCAAGAACUUCAAGUCCCAGCGCUGGCAGUCCCUGCUCAAAUUCAACAGCCAGAGGCGCCUGCUGCUCACCGGCACCCCGCUGCAGAACAGCCUGAUGGAGCUGUGGUCGCUCAUGCACUUCCUGAUGCCACACGUGUUCCAGUCGCACCGAGAGUUCAAGGAGUGGUUCUCCAACCCGCUGACCGGCAUGAUCGAGGGCAGCCAGGAGUACAACGACAACCUGGUCAAGAGGCUGCACAAGGUCCUGCGGCCCUUCCUCCUGCGCAGGAUCAAGGUGGAUGUGGAGAAGCAGAUGCCAAAGAAAUACGAGCACGUGGUGCAGUGCCGCCUGUCCAAGAGGCAGCGCUACCUGUACGAUGACUUCAUGUCCCAGGCCUCCACCAAAGAGACCCUGGAGACGGGCCACUUCAUGAGUGUCAUCAACAUCCUGAUGCAGCUCCGUAAGGUCUGCAACCACCCCAACCUGUUCGACCCCCGCCCCAUCCACUCGCCCUUCAUCACCGAGGGCAUCUGCUACACCACCGCUUCCUGCGUGCUGCGGGCCCUCGAGUACCGGCCCUUCAAGCAGGUGGACCUCGGCAUUUUCGACCUGAUCAACUUGGAGGGCAAGCUGUCCCGGUACGAGUCGGACACCUUCCUGCCCGCCAACAAGGUCACCCUGAAGCUGAUCGAGGAGAUCGCCGACGCCCCAGACCCCCCUCCCCGGCCCCGCCCCGUCCGCAUGAAGGUCAACAGGAUGCUGCAACCAGCCCAGAAGCCUGACGGACGGACGGUGGUCCUGGUCAACAGCCCCCGGCCCCCCUUGCUGGUGCCCCAGAGUUCUCCACAGUCGCUGGCGCCGGUGCGCCCCACCGAGGUGAUUCACACUGUGCAGGGCACCGCUCCACUCCACACUGUCCUCAGUCCCGCCACGCAGACGGUCACGGCGACACAAGGUCUGCCGGCCCCACUCUCCCUCCCCCAGGUGGUGACCACCGCCCCCCGCACGGUCCUGGCCCCCCCGCGCCCCCCAGUGCUGGGGGCUGGGGUCCAGCAGCCCCCACCCUCGGUCAGCCUGGGGGUGCGGCCCCUCCCACUGUCGACGCUGAGGGUGGCGCCGGCCGUGCCCACCCCCCAGCCCCUGGCGGGGUACACGGUGCAGGCUGGGGCCAGCGGCCCCCUCCCGCAGAGGCUGAUCCUGUCCCCCGACAUGCAGGCACGGCUCCCCACGGGCGAGGUGGUCAGCCUUGGACAGCUGGCCUCGUUGACCGGCCGCCAGCAUCAGGCCCCCACCCAGGGCAGCAAACCCCUCACCUUCCAGAUUCAGGGCAACAAGCUGACCCUCGCCGGGACCCCCCUGCGGCCGCUGGGCGCCGGACCACCCCGGCAGGUGCAAGGCAGCGUGGUCCACCUGGUGUCGAGCGCGACCCACCACCUGCUUGGCCAGCCCACCCAGCUGGCCCUCAUCCAGGCCGUGGCCCAGCCCAGCGGUCAGACAUCACUCCAGGCCGUGCCCGGCGCGCACCCCGCCGUCUCAGCUGCCCCCGCCCGCCUCAGCGUGCCCAUCAAUGCCACCCCAGUGCCCGGCUCCGUGGUGACCAGUUCUGGCGUGGUGAAGAUCGUGGUCCGCCAGGCACCCAAGGACUGCGUCCCACUCUCCCUCCCCCAGCCCCGGCCCCUGGCCAUCUCUGCUGCCCGACUGCCGUCCGCCACCCUGGCCGCCCCGGCCCGCCUCCAGCUCCCCGUCGGCACCCUGGCUCUUGGCGGCCCCCAGCUCAACCCCACCCCACGUCCCGUGCUGAGGGUUGUGCAGGCACCGCCGGUCACCACUGAGCAAGCCACCCCCACCGUGACCCGGCUAGUGGUCUCCGGGACCAGCCCAGCGGAGAAGGACGACGCGGAGCUGCCGACCCUUCGGCCAGUGUGUGCCAGGCCUCCCACCCCCACCCCGCCGAUCGCAUCUACCUCACUGGCGGCACUGAGACCCCGGCGGCAGGCGGCCCAGCCCUCAAAGUCUCCCUACAAACUGGAGUCGCUGGAACAGAAGAGGCUCCAACACCGGCGGGAGCGCCUGCAGAGGAUCCACGCCCUGAACGAGCUCCGCUGCGCUGCCUCGCCUGUCUAUGGCACCGAGCUGCUGCGACUCUGCGACCUGUCCGCCCAGGGACCCCCUCCCCAGCCCCCGGCCGAGGAAGGGGCCUGGCGGGGGCUGGGCUACGCACACUGCCUAUCGGCGCAGGUGGGCAGGGAGGGACGGAGGCCGGAGGCGUACUGGCGGACCACCCGAGCCCUGGACGCAGCGGUUCACAGCCCUGAGGAGAGGGUCAGGCAGCUGGGGGACGUCAUCGACAGGUUCAUCUUUGUUAUACCUCCUGUGGAGGCCCCCCCCAUCCGGAUGCACGUCUCCCACCCUCCUCCCUCUGAGCAUCACCGGCAGCUGCUCCUCGCCGAGACCCUGCACCAGCAGCUGUGCCCACGCGUUGCCCGACUCCACCGCAUCGUCUGCAACAUGAGGACGCAGUUCCCCGAUCUCCGGCUUAUUCAGUACGACUGCGGGAAGCUGCAGGUGCUGGACCCCCUGUUGCGCCGUCUGAAGGCGGAGGGGCACCGGGUGCUGCUCUUCACCCAGAUGACCCGGAUGUUGGACGUGCUGGAGCAGUUCCUCAACUUCCACGGACACAUCUACCUGCGGCUGGACGGCAGCACCAAGGUGGAGCAGCGUCAGAUCCUGAUGGACCGCUUCAAUGCUGACAAGCGCAUCUUCUGCUUCAUCCUGUCCACGCGGAGCGGAGGUGUGGGCGUUAACCUGACCGGGGCGGACACCGUCCUCUUCUACGACAGCGACUGGAACCCCACCAUGGACGCCCAGGCACAGGAUCGUUGUCACCGCAUCGGUCAGACCCGGGACGUGCACAUCUACAGGCUGAUCAGCGACCGGACUGUAGAGGAAAACAUCCUGAAGAAGGCCAACCAGAAACGGAUGCUGGGAGACCUGGCCAUUGAAGGAGGCAACUUCACCACUGCCUUCUUCAAGGAGCAAACCAUCCGCGACCUGUUCGACAUCCCGAUGGAAGAGCCACAGAAGGAACCCGAGGUGCCGAGCCCUCCCCCUCUCCCGCCCCCUCCCCGGCCAGAGGAGGAGGACUCCAUGUCGGCCAAGCAGACGCAGAUCCUGGAGCAGGCGCUGUGCAAGGCAGAGGACGAGGAGGACAUCCGGGCGGCCUCGCUGGCCAAGGCGGAGCAGGUGGCCGAGCUGGCCGAGUUCAACGAGAGCAUCCCGCUGGAGGGAGAGGAGGGCUCGGUCCGCGAGGAGGAGGAGGAGCUCUCCAAGGCCGAGCAGGAGAUCGCUGCCCUGGUGGAACAGCUCACCCCCAUCGAACGCUACGCCAUGAACUAUCUGGAAGCCUCUCUGGAAGCCGUCAGCAAGGAGGAGUUGAAGCAAGCCGAGGAGCAGGUUGAAGCUGCCCGCAAGGACCUUCACCAAGCCAAGGACGAGGGCUGGCGCUGGGGAGAGCAGCGUGAGGAGGAGCCCCCUCCGCCCGAGGACCCCCCGAGCCGCCGGCCGCGGAGGGCGCGCCCCCAGCCCCCGUCCCGGCCCAGCACCCGGCUGAGCCAGCGGCUGCGGGAGUUGAGGGCGGGGGCGGAGGGCGGGGGGGUUCCCGCCGGCCCCCCGGACCCACCGCCCAGCCUGCCCCCCCUGGCCGCCCCCGUCCGCGACCUGCAGAUCCACAUCAGCAGCGAGCUGCCCGACCAGAUCUUCGCCGAGGAGCCGGGGCCUGAGGGGGUGUGCUGGGCCGGGGAGGGGUCCGAGGCCGAGCCCCCCCAGCCCCAGGCCUCGGGGGCCGCUCGCUCCCCGCCUGCCGAGUCCGCCCCCAGCCCGACGCGGGCGGACGCGCCCCUGGGCCCAGCGGUUCCGGGCCAGGCGGUGACGGCCCCCACGUGCGAGCAGCCGCCGGGAUCCCAGGCCCCGGAGAGCCAGGCCUCGGGCCUUCCCGUCGCCGGGGAGGCCCGCGUCCCCUCGGCAACGGUCGCCGGGGACGAGAGGCCAGGAGAGGCCGUUGCUGGGACGCCGGCCCGGGUCGCCGGGGAGGUGGAGGGUCAGGGGUCGGGGGCAGACGUACCAAAGCCGGCGGUUGCCGCGGAGGCGGAGGGCCAGAGGUCGCACGGGGGCGCGCCGCGGGCGUCGGUUGCCACGGACGCCUCGAAUCAGGGGUCAGCGGAGGUGACGGCGAGGACAUCGGUUGCCGCGGACGCGGAGGGUCAAAGGUCAGGAGAGGGCGACCCGAGGACAUUGGUUGCCGCGGACGCCGAGAGUCAGGGUUCGGGAGAGGGCAACCCACGGACACUGGUUGUUGCGGACACUGAGGGUCAAAGGUCGGGAGAAGGUGACACGCGGACAUUGGUUACCACGGACACGGAGGGUCGGAGGUCGGGAGAAGGCAACCCACGGACAUUGGUUACCACGGAUACAGACUGUCAAAUAUCGGGAGAGGACAGCCAAAGGACAUUGGUUGCCAUGGACAUGGAGGGUCGAAGGUCGGGUUUGGCCAGCCCGCAGGCCCCGGCCGCCACGGAGACGGAGCGGGCCCCGGUCGCCGCGGAAACGGAGCGGGCCCCGGUCACCACGGAGACGGUGCAGGCCCCAGUCUCCAAGGAGACGGACCAGGCCCCGGUAACCACGGAGACCGAGCAGGCCCCGGUUGCCGCGGAGACGGAGGGUCAGAGUUCGGGCGAGGAGGGGGAGGAGAUGCCCGGCGCGGGACCCCAGGAGGAGGGGGAGGAGGAGGAGGCGGCGGAGCGGAGCCCACGGCCGCCCCGGCCCAAGCGGAGGAGGCGGACGGCGGACCAGGCCCUGGUGCGGGAGGGUCUCCCGGCCGAGGGGGGGUCCCAGCUGUCGGCCACCGUCCUGCGCAAGGUCCCGGGCCGGGUCAACGUCAUCGUCCAGCGGCGGGAGCCGGCCCGGAGAGCCCGGCGGGCCAGGGAGCCCCAGGAGUGCCCCUCCCCGCCCCCGGCCAAGCGAUCCCGGCCCCCCGAGGGCGAGGGGGCGGGCCAGGGGGCUCCCCCUCCGUCCCCCGCCCCCCGCUCCACCCGCCAGCGUCCCGGCGACUUGCUGCCCCCCCUGGAGAGGCGCCGCUACAAGCCCCGGGGCCGCUGCGCGCCCCCCCGCCCCGCCACCCCUCCGCCCGCCGCCCCCCCAGCCCCCAGGAAGAGGGGCCGCCCCCUCUCCGCCUCCCCUCCGGCCGCCCACCCUGGGGUCCGGACGCCCGGGCGCAGGGGUCGGCCCCCCAAACCCUUGCCCGGACCCCUCCCGCCCCGCAGGGGCAGGCCGCCGGGCCGCAGGUCUCGAGGGAGGCCCCGGCCCACCCCCCCUCCUCCCCCCCCACCCCCGCCGCCCCCACCCCCGGCCCCCCGCCGCAGGGGGAGACCCCCCUCUGUCAGCAGGCGGGGCCGCCGGCCCAACACCUGAGCCCAGGGGGACGGGGCGGGGGGGGGGGUGGGACGGGGCGGGUGUCGCGCACUCAGAGGCUACCCCCACCCCCCCCCCAGUACCCAGGCUGGUCGGUUCUGAGACGUCCCCUCUGGUCCCCGUCUCUCACCCCCUCCGCCUCGCCCUCGUUCUCCCCCCUCUCUCUCCCCCCUCUCCCCUCUCUCUCCCCCCCUUCCCCCCAACUCCCUCCCUCCCUCUCUCUACCCCACCCCCAGACCAGACCUAGUUCCACCAGCGGGGUGUGUGUGUGUGGGACGGCGCGGACCCUCGACGGGUGGGGGGAGGUGAGGGGGUGUUCAGACCACUGGUCUCCUGGUUCCCCCCCCCGUGGGGGGGGGGCAUGGAUGGUCCGGUGCUGAGUUUAGGGCCCCGUGUUUGUGGGACCCCCACCGCCUCCCCAUCGCUCUGUGAAUGUGUCCCUGCUGGGACACCGGUGGGCUUCAUCCGGCUGAUGGAUCCUCAACCCCCGCCCCCCCCCCCCCCCCCGGGCAAUGGGCAGAGAGAGGUGACCCCCCCCCCCCCCCCCCGUUCUCCCUUCACUGACUCCAGCACCAAGAUGGGGACCAAACACUGGGUUCUGACCAGUGACCACCUCCCUCCCCUCCACCUUCUGCUCCCUCUCCCUCCCCCUCCCUCCCCCUCCCUCCCCCCUCCCUCCGAUGAUCUAGUUGUUCCAAUUAUGUUAAGAUGAGAAGAAACCAUUGCAGAUUUACGACUGUGUCUCCUGCCCCCUCCUCCUUGUACAGGCAACUCGACUCCAGGGUCCGUCCCGACUCACCGCGUCCCUUCUAGACGGCCCCAUCCCCCUUGUACUAUACAUGUAUCUUUUGAAUAAAAUCUAUGCAAAGAAUAUUUUGUAUGGAAAACCGAGACAGUGUCCACGUGUGUGACGGGAAUAAAAGAAAUAUUGAAAAAAAU